AUGGGGGCGUCUCUACAUUUUGGCCAAUUCGGCGGCAUCGACCGCAGGCUAUACUCGGUGAUAGUACUGGCAUUUGGUAUCGUGUACUGCCUCCGAAGAGUCAAGAAGCGUCAGGCAUUGGGCCAGAAGUGGACAGACAUGAGACCAGGUUGGUGGCCGUUUCAAAAGGACAUCGACUAUCAACAGCUGUGCAUUGUACAUGCGACAGAGAAGCACGAACUGGUGGCAGACAGUGUUUGGGAAUGGGUAGCCUCAAGUGCUAGACACGGUAAAGUCCAACCUGUAGCAGACUUGGGACAAGGAACAGGGCAGGCCAGACCACCUCAAUUCCUUCUUGACGCCUACAAAGACGCAUCGACCAUUCAUGAGUCCCAUCACUAUGGACCAACGAAUGGACUACCACAAUUUCUCGAAACCCUAUCAAACGUGUAUUCGCCCUUGUACGGGAGAAUUUUGGACUCUCAAAAGGAGAUAUCUGUGCACUCGGGAGGCACUGAAGCAAUUCUCUGCGCAAUCACGGCCUUUGUCGGUCCUGGCGACGAAGUCAUUGUGCUGGAACCUGCUUUCGAUCUAUACGAGCUACACACUAAGUUCGUUGGCGGGGUUUUACGGAGCGUCCCACUUCAUCCACCUUCCAAUGCGGCCACGCAUGUCACUAAGGCGGAUGAUUGGCUUCUUGAUAUAGAUGAGUUAGAGAGAGUCGUCAACCCGAAAACGAAAAUCUUUGUCUUGAACACUCCUCACAACCCCCUCGGAAAGAUCUUCUCUGUGCAAGAGCUUGUCUCUAUUGGCAAUCUCUCCGUCAAAUAUGGAUUCAUUAUCGUUUCCGAUGAAGUCUACGAGCAUCUCCACUACACAAAGACAUUUGCCCGUAUCGCUACUCUGGACGCUCGGUUCGCACGAAACACCGUCACUGUCGGCUCGAUCGGCAAAUCAUUCAAUGUGACGGGAUGGAGGGUGGGGUAUGCAAUCGGUGAUCAUGAGCUGAUCAAACAUAUACAAGCGAUCCAUAUCAUCCUCAGCUUUACCACAGCAGGCCCAGCGCAGCUUGCCGCAGCAUCAGCGCUGGAGUUGGCCGAAGAACAUGGUUUCUGGUCAUCAUAUCGAGAGGAGACAAGAAGAAAGAUCAAGAGUCUUUGUGAGAUCUUUCAAGAACUUGGACUGCCGUAUGUUGAGCCAUCAGGAGCUCAUUAUGUUCUGCUGAAUGCAGGAAAGAUCAGAGUUCCUGGGGAUUACUUGUUUCCUGAGAAGGUUAUCAGUAAAUCAAGGGACUGGAAACUCUGUUGGUUUCUUCUUCAGGAAUUUGGUGUGGCAACGAUUCCAGUCAGUGGUGAGUAG